GGGGGCGUGGCCUCGCCGGGGGCGUGGCCGGGCGCUGCCGCCGCCGCCGCCGCCACCCGAAGGGCGCGCGCGGGACCGUGAGGGCGGCGGGAGCCGCGCAGGUUUUCCAGGAAAUAAAAGCAGGAAGCCCCUGGAGCGCCGCGCUGUCACCAUGGGGUCCGUGGUGUGGGAAUGUGGUUGAAAUUCCAACAUUUCAUUCACGCCUGGAGGGCUGAGGAAGGAAAAAAAAGGGAAUAAUUCUUGCACAUCUCUCUGGAUCGAGCUGAGGAUGUUGAACACAGCGACUCUUCCAGCUGGGAGGAACCCCAAGCAAAACCUGGGAAUAUCCUGGUGAAAAUUUGGGAUCUGUCAGGAGCUGGGAGGGGUGGGAGGAUGGCUCUGGGCUGGCUGCUGUGCUCCCUGUGGAUUUUUGGGGGCUGGGUGGUCCCCACGGGAGGGCACAGCCUCUUCUCCUGCGAGCCCAUCAUCCUCAGGAUGUGCCAGGACCUGCCCUACAACACCACCUUCAUGCCCAACCUCCUCAACCACUACGACCAGCACACGGCAGCCCUGGCAAUGGAGCCCUUCCACCCCAUGGUGAACCUGGAAUGCUCCCGGGAUUUCCGUCCCUUCCUGUGCGCCCUGUACGCCCCGGUGUGCAUGGAGUACGGGCGGGUGACGCUGCCCUGCCGCCGCCUCUGCCAGCGCGCCCACAGCGAGUGCUCCAAGCUCAUGGAGAUGUUCGGCGUCUCCUGGCCCGAGGACAUGGAGUGCACCAGGUUCCCAGACUGCGACGAGCCCUACCCUCGCCUGGUCGACCUCAACUUGGCCGGCGAGCCCACGGAGGAGGCGCCGAUGGCUGUGCAGAGGGAUUACGGCUUCUGGUGUCCCCGGGAGCUGAAAAUCGACCCGGAGCUGGGUUACUCCUUCCUGAGGGUCCGCGACUGCUCCCCUCCUUGCCCCAACAUGUACUUCCGCCGGGAGGAGCUGUCCUUCGCCCGCUACUUCAUCGGCGUCAUCUCCAUCGUCUGCCUCUCGGCCACCCUGUUCACCUUCCUCACCUUCCUCAUCGACGUCACGCGCUUCCGCUACCCGGAGAGGCCCAUCAUCUUCUACGCCGUCUGCUACAUGAUGGUGUCCCUCAUCUUCUUCAUCGGCUUCCUGCUGGAGGACCGCGUGGCCUGCAACGCCUCCAGCCCCUCCCAGUACAAGGCGUCCACGGUGACGCAGGGCUCCCACAACAAGGCCUGCACCAUGCUCUUCAUGGUGCUCUACUUCUUCACCAUGGCCGGCAGCGUCUGGUGGGUCAUCCUCACCAUCACCUGGUUCCUGGCCGCCGUGCCCAAGUGGGGCAGCGAGGCCAUCGAGAAGAAGGCGCUGCUCUUCCACGCCAGCGCCUGGGGCAUCCCGGGCACCCUCACCAUCAUCCUGCUGGCCAUGAACAAGAUCGAGGGCGACAACAUCAGCGGCGUGUGCUUCGUGGGCCUCUACGACGUGGACGCGCUGAGGUACUUCGUGCUGGCGCCGCUCUGCCUCUACGUGGUGGUGGGGGUGUCCCUGCUGCUGGCCGGGAUCAUCUCCCUCAACCGCGUCCGCAUCGAGAUCCCGCUGGAGAAGGAGAACCAGGACAAGCUGGUGAAGUUCAUGAUCCGCAUCGGCGUCUUCAGCGUGCUGUACCUCGUGCCCCUGCUGGUGGUGAUCGGCUGCUACUUCUACGAGCAGGCUUACCGUGGCGUGUGGGAGACCACGUGGAUCCAGGAGCGCUGCCGGGAGUACCACAUCCCCUGCCCCUACCAGGUCACUCAGAUGAGCCGUCCAGACCUGAUUUUGUUCCUCAUGAAGUACCUGAUGGCCUUGGUGGUGGGGAUCCCCUCGGUGUUCUGGGUUGGGAGCAAGAAAACCUGCUUUGAGUGGGCCAGCUUCUUCCACGGGCGCAGGAAAAAAGAAGUGGUCAACGAGAGCCGGCAGGUGCUGCAGGAGCCGGACUUCGCGCAGUCGCUGCUGAGGGACCCCAACACUCCCAUCAUCCGCAAAUCCCGGGGCACGUCCACGCAGGGCACGUCCACGCACGCCUCGUCCACGCAGCUGGCAGUGAUGGACGAGCAGAGGAGCAAGGCUGGCAGCGUCCACAGCAGGGUCAGCAGCUACCACGGCAGCCUGCACCGCUCGCGGGACGGACGGUACACCCCGUGCAGCUACAGGGGCGGCGUGGAGGAACGUCUACCUCACGGCAGCCUGUCGCGGCUGACCGACCACUCGAGGCACAGCAGCUCGCACCGCCUCAACGAGCAGUCGCGGCACGGCAGCGCCAGGGACCUCAGCACCAACCCCAUGGCUCACAUCACGCACGGCACCAGCAUGAACCGCGUCAUCGAGGAGGACGGCACCAGCGCCUGAACCCCCGGGGCUGGCAGAGCCUUCCUCGGCGCCCGGAGUCAUCCUCGGUGUUAUCCUCUCGUCAGGUGCUGGAUUCGGGCAGCUUCUCGGCCUCGGGGCUGUCUGGAGUGGCUGAGUGGAAAAAAAAAGCUGGUUGUGUGCUCUGAACCUCUCUGUAGGUAAUUAUUUAUUUGAGAACUGUUCAUCGUCGGACGCAACCACUGGAAUUUCUUCUUCUCUGUGGAAAAAACGAUCUCCUCCCCUUCCUUCUCUCUCCCUCCCUCUGUCCCUCCUUGUGUGGGCGCUGAGAUCUCGGUGUGGGAGUUGUUCUGGUGGGAUUUGAGGGAAGUCUUGGGGCUGAAGGAAUCCCUCCGUGCACCUCCCUCCAGCGCUGCCUGAGGGAUGUCUGUGCGAGCUGGCAGCGUUUGGAAACGAGCAUUUUUAGAAACGAGCAUUUUUGGAAACGAGCAUUUUUGGAAAUGAGCAUUUUUGGAAAUGAGCAUUUUUGGAAACGAGCACAGGAAUGGGCAUUUUGGAGAAGGAAACCCCUCUGAGCAUCACCAGCUCUUCCCAGAGCUGUCCAGGCUCAGUUGUCCACAGGGCCAGGGGGAAGAGAGAGGCAGGGAAGAGCGAUGGUUUUUUUUAUAACUUGGAUUGCCCCUGCUUUUUUACGAAAGACUAUUUAAAUUUUCUACUCGUUUACAAUUUCUGUAGGAAGAGAUGGGUUUUAAAAGCAGUUAUCUAGAUAAUAUUCAGCCAUUUAUUUUUUAGAGUCAUGUACAGAAGCUGAGAUUGCCUGUUCCCGAUCUAUUUAAAAAAGAAAUUACGGUAGAAAAGCUGAAUUUGUCACCCCAGCAGGAAUGUACAGCCCGUCCUUAGAGCCAGAGCUGAGCCUGUUUACAAACCCCAGCACCCGGGGGCAGAGGGCUGAGGCCAGGAGGAGCAGAGGAGUUUACUCAAGGAUGCCCCACCUUCCUCGUGGCUGCUUUGGGGAGGAUCCUCUGUGCUGAGCAAGAAUUUGGAGAUGAGUGGGAGAAACUGAGGCAGGAGCUGCCCCCAGAUGGGCAAAAAGGAGGAUGUGGCAGCUGGAAAUCCUGGAGGAGGAGACAGGACCCAGAGUUCAGGGAUGGUGGUUACAGCUGCUGCUCUGCUGUUUUCAUCCCCCACUGCAGAUUCCUGGCAGGGAGUUCCCAGUUUGGGUUUUUUUCAUGUGGGAAGGACCCUCUGGGAUGUGCUGGAGGUCAAGGAUGGGGCUGGAGAUCUCCUGGAGACUCACCCAGCACGAGGAAGCACUGCUGGCACUCAAACCUACCUCAGUAAUCACUGCAGAUCACUGCUGGGAAAUGAAUCCUGAUUUUUGCGUGGUCCUUCCACGGUUCCCUCCCUGACCUGCUGGAGGCACCAACCUCGGGGGCAGGAGCUGCUCCACAAUUAACUCAUUUUAAUUGCAGCUGAUGACACAACAGCAAAGCUCAUCACCCGUGUGUGCCGUGGAAUCAAAGGCAGCCCCGGGAGCCACCACGGGGCAGACAGAUAAAUCCCAGACAGAUUUAUCCCAGAUUGUCUUUCUUGCUUCCACCAGGGUGGGAGGAGAAGACCAAUGGGAUAACAAAGCUCCUGGUUGUCAGGGAGGUGCUGCCCCCGGGCCUGGGGCAGAGCAGGCUCUGCUUUGCCUGUUUGCUCAGCAAACAGCCCUGGGGCCAUGCCAGGGAUAGCCCCGGCCCCGGGGAUAACUGCCCAGAUCCAAAAUCCUUUGGGGUGACUUAAACUGGAGAAGCUGCAGCUCCCUGGAAGUGGAGCCUUGGCUGUUUUUAAAUUCAGCUCCUCCCGUGCUGCCUCAGAGGGUGAUCUGGUGGAAAUCUGGAUCUGUGGAAGGAGCCCAGGGAGUUUUCCUAAACACUGGAACCCGGCUAAAUGAGCUCAAGGGUUUACCUUGAUCCUCUUGGCUCAUAUUUCCAGUACUUUUUUUUUAAUAAAUCGUAGCAAUGCUUUGACUUGUUCAGAGACAGGGAGAGGAAUGCUGAUGGAGAAGGAUCCUGCUGGAAAUGUUGUUAAUUUGUGAGGCUCAGUCCCAGCACUGCUGCCAGGUGGGAAUACCUAAGUCAUUCCUUGCUCAUGGAUCCUAAAGGGACGGGCUCCUGUCACCCCGGAGAGGUGAUUAAACCUCACACUGCACUUCUGGCUGGGUUUUUCUGCCUCCCUGCCCCCUCCCUUCCACCUUCCACGCCCGGGCCAGCAGGCUGUGCUGUCUUGGCAGAGCAUUCCUCCCGGGAAGAGCAUUCCUCACCCAUGGAAGGAUGCCCCAGCUCUGCUGCAGUUCCCCAGCUGGGGCUCACGGGGCUUCAGCUCCCAAAUUGUCGUGUCCAGGGGCUCUGAAAUGCAUCCAGGCUUGAACGUGGCCCCACCAGCAUCUCAGGCAGGGGCACCGGGAGUGUUUUUGGGGGUGCUUCCCUACCUGCUGAGAGCUCCAGCUCGGGUGCCUGGUUUGUGGCAUUGGUGCCAAGCUUUAAAUUCCCCCCGAGCUGAACCCCCCGGCCGGGAGGGCGUUUCUGCAGUCACUGAAGUGCUCUGGGCUCCCUGGAUGUCCCUGCCGUGCUUUGUCCCUCCCCAGCAGCCACCAGGAGCUGGAUCCUCUCCCCCAGGAGGCAGCAGGGAGGCUGGACAGCGCCUGGCUUCUCCAGCCCAUCCCAAACAUCAUCCCUGUCCCUGCCAUGCACACGACGGCUGCAGCCCCAACUCUGCUCUGUGGAAUUGCUCCAUCAGAGCUUCCUGCGAAACGACUGACUCCUCAUUCCCAACAUCCCCAGGGAUCCCCAGCUCCUGCUUUACCAACCUGGCUGUGCUGACAACAGAUCCCCCCGAGGUUUUUUUGGUGUUCCUGCUUCCUUAAUCCCUUCAUAGCUCCGUGAAAUAUCCCGGAUCCGAGCGGCGCUGGCGUUGCGUGGAAGAGGCCGCUCCUCUUUUUUACAGCAUAAACAGCCCCACGGCAGCAGAGAGCCACGUUCAGGUGUCAGAGUGUUUGUGUUCCCCCUUUUCUUCCAGCUUAGACCCGGGUUUGUGCUGGGAGCUUUAAGGCACCAGCUCUGGGGGGUCAGUGGUGAGCACUGGGAGGCUGCGGCUGAAAUCCGCUCACGGCCGAACCCAGCGCUGCUCCUGAGCUGUUCCAGUAAGGAGGGAAGGGAAAAUCCCUCGGGAAGGGCACAAGGAGAAGAGCCAGGCCAGCCUUAGAGCAGUGCCCACCCUUCCAGGGCAGCCGAUUCUCCAGCCCCAGGGCUCUGAGGAUCCCGAAAAGCAGCAGGGAGCCGGCAGCUCCGGCAGUGUGUUGAAACCAGGGCGCAGAGCAGAGCAGCCCCGCACAGGAGGCAUCCCCAGGUCCCCCCUGAGCAGCAGAAUGUCCACUUGAAUGUGAAGCUUUACCCCUGUCCCCUCGUGCUUCUUUUCUAACGGGAUCAGGACUGAUUUUCCCCCGAGGCGCGGCGUUUUCCUGUCGGCUCCAUGCGCGGGGAGCUCGGUGCAUGCAACGCCUCUCCAGCCCUUCCCCGUGUCGUGACCAGGUCCAGCUCCUCAGGAGAGGGGAAGGAGCUCCCGGGAGAUCUCCGCGUCCCUCGUGGAAUGUGUGGGGCAGUCCCUGCCCGUGGCUGGCCCCGCUUGCACUCGGCUCUUGGUAGACUUGUUUACAGUAGUCCCGUGUCGGUUUUGUAACGUUUAAUUUUUAGCACUUUAACUGUGAGUGUACAAACUGGUUCCCUUGUAGUUGGUGUACAUUUUCAUUUUAGGCCUUUGGAAGUUUUUAAUAAAACCAUGGAAAAACUCUG